UCCGCGACCGCAGAAGGACGCCUCAGCUGUAGCUCUCUCCGCCAUGCGAAUUCCCGCCCUGCUGCUGGUUGCCGCUGUGUGGACUGGUGGGAGCGACGCGCUUGUGUUCCGCGCGCAGGUCCUUCCCGGCCCGGUGAACAUCCGUGGCGUUCGCUACACGGAAGGAUGGACGGGGGACGCAGCCCGUCAAAACCUACUGCUCACCAACUCGCCUCCGCAGCUAUUCGGCGCACCGACCGACCACCAUGCGAGCAGGCCGCCGCCCCUCAACAUCAGGUCGCACUCUGUGUCAUCUGGUUUCCUACACGGCCAGGUCACUCCUGUGCAUUUCACUUCGUAUCAGAGUCAUCAGGCGAGUCCAUUGCCACAAAAUUUCGGUAUAAAUAGGCCUACAUUUCCUGAUUUCGGUGGGGUAGCAAAACCACUGCAAACACCGGACAUAGCUAGUGGCGACUGGCUUUCACCGAAUAAUAAAGAACCAGUUGACUCUGGUCAUCUAAACCGGUUUUUGUCAUUCAAUCAAAAUUUCGCUUUCAAUCACCAACUGCAGGGUAACAUACCUGUUCGACAGCCUACUGCCAAUAGCCCACAACAGAAUCAAAAUUAUUUCCAGCAGACCCUUUUGCAGCAAGGUGCCAUUCAAGCUGCAGAUAUCAACGAUUUCGGACGUCCAGUACAGCCGACAAGAAAUCUGCAUUUCAACAUCGAAGACGUGUCUACUUCAUUUGGUAUUCCCCAUAGUCAGAAUAAUUCUUUCAACGGAGUAACAUCAAAUUUCACAUUCGCUGGAAAUGUUGCGACUACAAUCAAUAAUGCGUCAGCUUCGCUCAGUAACACACAAUCUGCACCUUCUGUAACGUCGAAUGUGGAAAACAGCCUUACCCAACCUGCCGCUUUGGCAAACAAUGCUAAGGAAGCAGAAACGGAAGCUCAGCAGGAGAACGAAGUAACGAAGGCGACGCUAGAAGAUGUGAUACGUCAAGACUGCCCGAAUGCUGAUCAGCUGGGUUACUGCGCAUCACCACCGCGCUAUCCAACGCUACAGAUUCAAGAAGUAUACAAACGUUGCAUCCGGCUGCUGCGUGCGUUGUAUGUGCCACUGCCUGAAGAGGAUAAUAUCAAGUCUAUUACUCGUGCCAACAGACACGCAUGGUCGUGGCGCGACGCAGGUCGCGAGUCGUGCUCGGGUAACGAGCGCCGGGAGACCCCGGGCUACGUGCGCGACGCCUCGUCCGGCCGGUGGCUGGUGGUGGUGCAGACGGAGAGCAUGCCGCAGCAGGUGCACGUGCAGGUGUGCGCGCGCCGCUGCCGACACACGUGCUCGCAGCGCUGGGGCUACGCGCACCUCGUCACGUGGGACCCCGACGCGCCGUCGCUGUGUCCGCGCCUCGCCGUUGCGCGGCUGCCAACCUCCUGCCACUGCGCCGCUGUCGUUGCCGAUGGCCUCUAGCUGCCUCCACUGUAGCUGCUGCCCGUAUAGGGUUGUGUUACUCGUUUUCGUGUCACUCAUUUGCGUCACAAAGCAAAAGAUGCUGACGAGUAGCCCAUUUCAGUGUAUUCAUACGGUAUCCACAGUCUUGGAUCAGACUGUAAUUUUUGGGACGGCUGUAGUGAAACAAUUACAGAGCUCAAAGAGUAUUCGGUACAUUAUACCUGGUUUGAGGAAAGUGAAACUCGUGUGAGUGAGAGCGAAUAAACAGUUGUGUGUGUUGUUUCCUGCUGUUCGUGUGAAAGUCAUGUUCUUUGUGUAUUCCCUUUCUAAGGCUGUCGAGGCACCUUGUCUCAGUGUUAAAUAAUAGAAUCUUUGGUGUUCAUUACUUUACUGUCGUAUACACUGGUAUUGUCGUUUUACUUAUGCACACGCCAUUUGAAUUUUUAGAGAUUUUAGUUUGCUCCGUUAAAUAAAAAGUUGGUGAACAGCCAUAAUAUCAGUUCUCGUACACAUAUCAUUAAUACGUAAUCGUAAUCUUGUAUCAAUCACAAAUAAUAUAGUAACUUAGAACAACAUCUCUACAUGAAUUUAUUGCGCAGCGCUGUGUUAUUUAUAUCGUCAGGGAUCGAUUAUUUUUUCCAUUGCGUUAUACCUCAAUUUUGCAUCUGUUACUUAUCCUUCCGUCUACGAAUUUAAUGUUUCAAUGUUCAAAUUGGCCAGUUAUUAUAGGAGCUCAGAAACCAAUUACAAGAAAAUUAAUAAGUCUGAUAGACUUCAUAGAUUGUUAGGUUGUGUAAUCUAAGACAGAUCACUCCAUUUGCCUCAGCAGACUAAGGCAAUAUAUAUAAUUUUCUUAGUCAUUAGGAUCUGUGGUUUUCUAAGUUAAAAUGCAGCAGCUGUAUAUGUUUCGCAGAGCAAGUUAUUGUUUGUUUUCCAACAAUUUAAUUGUAGUCACGUUCCCUAUGGUACUCACUACUUAGUUUGUAUAGGAUACCCAGUUAUCUGUCGUAGGAGUUGUUAGGUAGAUUUCCUCUGAUGCACCAGUAGAUAUUUUCCAUUUUAUUUCGCGGUAUUGUGAUUCAGUCAGCCUAAACACACACUGCUCGUCACAUGUUUCAUGCGUUCACCAAUAUCAGAAAAUGUUGGUAUAUUUUCCGUUACAAACCAAAAGUUUGUCAAAGUGGAAUUGUAUGCCCUCAAUCAACAGACUAGUUUCAAGUUAGGGGAGCGUGAUAUUAGUUUUCAAAGUGUGCAUUAAAAGGUACAGUAUAGCAAGGAGAAUAAUCAGUGCUCGAUACGCGAUAGAAUAUCCUAGUUCAUUGAGUGCCAAACAAUGGCACACAGAUUGUCUGCUGGUUUUUGGUCCAUAUUAAACACGUAUUUAAAACACCUAUCGCAGUAGACUAGUAUGCGAACUUUCUAUUGAAUAGCAUGAUAAAAUUUGACUUUAACGAGAUUAAAACCAAUGUGUCCCGCAAACAGUGGACGUCGCGUGAAACAUAUGACGAACAGUAUUUGUUUGAGAUAAUUCCACUUACAUGCUACAGAAACGAAAUAACAGAUAUCUGCUGAAACGCAAGAAAAUAUUCUCCUGACAACUCUUAUGAGAGCCACCAGGUAUAGGAAUCAGUAUCCUUUUAAGACUUAACUUCUAAUAGCAUCAUUAUGUUGUUUAUAGUUCACAAUAUAAACUGUGGAUAUCUCUUCCUGUCUGACACAGCCAGAACAUCCCUAUAAAUUCAUACAACGAAGAAGGGACACUAUCAGAUAAGACUCUUACAUUAAAAUUUUGAACCAUGUAGCCAAUAGCACAGUACUUUCAUGUGCGUUACUUAUGCUAAGGAAAGAACAAUGAAUAUUUAUGUGCAUAAUAAAGCUAUCUCAUUGAAA